AUGCAAAUUAUCAACUGGGCCAGUCUGCUACUGGUCACAUGGGAGACUGUUGUAGCAGCCGAAUUGCCGAUUGUGGACCUGGGCUAUCAGCGGCAUCAAGCCAUUGGCUUUAACUCGACUGGUCGCUAUUACCAAUUUUCUAAUGUCCGUUAUGCCGAACCCCCGUUAGGCCCCUUGCGGUUUUCCCUGCCCGUCUCCCCACGAAAUCGCAGCCACGAGGUUGUCAAUGGCAAGGGGCUUGGCAAUAUCUGUCCCCAAUCUCAAGCCUGUUGGUUUAAUGUGCAGGGCGACUUUGUCAGUGCCGUGACCGCGGGCUCGACUUUUAAUUUCACCGCCGCGUAUGAUCAGGUCUACCAACAGGAUGAAUGCACCAAGCCGCGACCGGUCGCAGACCAGAAUCCACUGGAGUCAGAAGAUUGUCUGUUCCUCGAUGUGUACGUCCCAGAGAAGGUGAUAUCCAAACGACGAGAUGGAAACGGAAAAUCGAAUCCUGGUGCGCCCGUCUUAGUGUACUUCCAGGAUGGAGCCUAUGUGUCCGGGUCCAAGUCAGAUCAGAAUCCCUCCGGCUUGAUCGCAACCAGCAGGGAGGAUGGGUCCACAGGCAUAAUCUAUGUGGGCGUCAACUAUCGACUGGGCGUAUUUGGAUGGCUGUCAGGUCAGAAGUUUCAGUCGGAAGGGGGCUUGCCCAACGCCGGGCUGUAUGAUGAGCGUCUGGCGUUAGAGUGGGUGCAACGACAUAUCACGAAAUUCGGCGGUGAUCCCUCACGCGUCACUGUCAUGGGCGUCUCAGCCGGCGGGGGCUCAAUCACGAUGCAACUGACGGCCUACGGACGCGCCAUUCGCCCCCCGUUCGCCCAAAUCAUUGCGCAGAGUCCGGCUUGGGAACCGGGCACAAAGACACCGGCUAUUGAGGACGACCUGUUGGAUUCAUUCCUUACAUUGUUGAAUGUCAGCAGCUUGGAGGAGGCCCGGCGUUUACCAUCUCAGGCCUUGCUAGAUGCUAACUAUGAGCUGGUGGCGUCCCGUCCGUAUGGUUCUGGUGUGUUCGGACCGGCCAUUGAUGGGAGCUUUGUACCCGAUAGUCCCAAGCGACUCCUCCUUGAGCGCAAGGUCGAUCCCUCUGUGCGAAUCCUCACCUCAUACACUGCCAACGAAGGGUUUAUGUUAGCCCCAGCCAAUGUGACCGAUGAUGCCACCUUUAACCGAUACGUGGAUGUGCUGCUCCGCGGUGCGAAUGCUAGCGUACGCGCUCACACCUCCCGAGUGCUCUACCCACCCAUCUUCAAUGGCAGCUGGCCGUAUCACAGUCAGCACGAACGGGCCAAUCUACUCUGGUCCGAGGUCUCUACCACCUGCAACACCCGGUAUUUACACCAAGCAGUCGCAACGCCAGGCUAUGCGAUUGAGUACGCUGUGAAGCCCGCGAUGCAUCUCUCGGAUACCUCAUCUGUCUUCUACAAUGGACAGGGUUCCAGCUCUUCGCUGAAUGCCACCAUCGCACAACUCAUGCAGCGGCAGAUCGUGCAGUUUGUCAAGACAGGGAAUCCAAAUGUCAAGGGAGAUCCCCAUGUACCUCUCUAUCACGGACAAGCCCAUGUGCUUUCACUGGGAGAUAACGGAGUGCGAGUUGAGCCGGCCUUGACUAAUACAGACCGGUGCACUUACUGGCAGCAGGUCGAGUUUUGA